AUGGCUACCAGACGAAGGAUCGGAGUGAGCAUCGCUACUACAGAAGCAGCACGUCGCCAAUUAAUGCAACCAGUCCCAUGUUGGGAGAAGGCAUGGGUUGCAACUGAAACCUCUCCAGCGGGGACAAGCCUGAAGAUAUAUAAAUGGGUCAAAACAGAGAAAGUACCAGUGAGGAUAAUCCGAAUUUCUGAGCUUGUUACUGGCUCUGAACGAGUUCACCAGCAAUUCAGUGACGACGAGGGCGAGGUUGACGAGCCAUUGGUGCCUCUGCCAGACGAACCCGAAGUUGUUGACGGCGACGAAGAAAUGGAUCCGGACGAUGUGGUGGUCGUGGCGGAACCCGCCAAGGAUUCGUUAGAGGUCGACAAUGUACUGGACGACCCGCCGUCGAAACUUCCCUCACCCAAGCCCAAGUUACUCAUGUCUUUACAACCCUCUUCCAACCUUGGGGGCGACGAUCGAGGGGAUGGUUUAGAUGAUUCGCUGACACCUCUCGAAUCCAACAUGGGGGAGAAAAAGGACAUAGAACUGGAAAUUUCUGCACUUGGACCGGACGGAAUACCACUUGAAAGUGCGCAUGAUUUAACCCAAAUGGAUGUAGAGGACGUUUUGACUGGAGGACCGAUGAUGGACGACAGUAGCGACGCCUUUGCAGGAACUUCAUGA